CUUUUAUUAGAGGGUAAAGGAAAAAAGAGAAAUCCUCUUCAUGACUUCAAAAAAACAGGAGAGCUGAUGCUCAUUAAAGUAAACAAAACACUGGAAGUAAAAACGAAGCUGUUAAAUACCACAGAGCAAUGUGCAAAGAGAUGCAGCAGGAACAAGGGCCUCUCCUUCACUUGCAAGGCCUUUGCUUAUGACAGAGUUACAAAACGGUGCCAUUGGUUAUCCUUCAACAGCUUGACAAAUGGUGUGAGAAAGAAGCAAGACCAUGCGUUUGAUCUGUAUGAAAAGAAGGAUUAUGUCAGAAAUUGUAUCAUUGGAAAAGGAGCAGACUAUAAAGGAACAAUAUCUGUUACCAAAAGUGGUAUCCAGUGUCAGGCCUGGAAUUCAAUGAUCCCCCAUGAGCACAGCUUUUUGCCUUCGAGCUAUCGGGGAAAAGACCUGAGGGAAAACUACUGUCGAAACCCCCGAGGGGAAGAGGGAGGCCCGUGGUGCUUCACCACCAGCCCAGAGACGCGCCACGAAGUCUGUGACAUCCCCCUCUGCUCAGAAGUUGAAUGCAUGACCUGCAAUGGAGAGAGUUAUAGAGGGCCAAUGGAUCACACCGAGACAGGCAAGGAGUGUCAGCGCUGGGAUCUUCAGAGACCACACAAGCACAAGUUUCGUCCAGAGAGAUAUCCUGACAAGGGCUUUGAUGAUAAUUACUGCCGCAAUCCUGACGGCAAGCUGAGACCAUGGUGCUACACUCUUGACCCUAACACCCCCUGGGAGUACUGUGCAAUUAAAACGUGUGAGGAAAGCUCCGUGAACAGCACAGAGGCGGCAGCUGAGACCACAACGUGUGUUCGGGGACAGGGCGAGGGCUACCGUGGCACCGUCAGCACCGUAUGGAGCGGAGUCCAGUGCCAGAGGUGGGACUCCCAGCAUCCUCACCAGCACAACAUCACUCCUGAGAACUUCAAAUGCAAGGAUUUGAGGGAGAACUACUGCCGAAAUCCAGAUGGAUCUGAAUCACCCUGGUGCUUUACCACUGACCCAAACAUCCGUGUUGGUUAUUGCUCCCAGAUUCCUAAGUGUGAUGUAUCAAAUGAACAAGACUGCUAUCGUGGCAAUGGCAAGAGUUAUAUGGGGAAUCUGUCCAAGACAAGAUUUGGGCUAACUUGCUCCACAUGGGACAAAAAUAUUGAAGACUUGCGUAGGCAUAUACAAAUAUUCAGAGAACCAGAUGUUAGUAAACUGAAGAAAAACUAUUGCCGCAAUCCAGAUGAUGAUUUUCACGGUCCCUGGUGUUACACAGAUGAUCCUCUUGUUCCCUGGGAUUACUGCCCUAUUUCUCGAUGUGAAGGUGAUACAACUCCUACUACAACCAGCUUCGAUGAUACUGCCAUUCCUUGUGCCUCAACAAAACAUUUGAGAGUUGUCAAUGGAAUCCCAACACAAACUAACGAAGGAUGGGUGGUUAGUUUGACAUACAGGAAUAAGCAUAUCUGUGGUGGUACUCUAAUAAAAGAAGAGUGGGUUCUUACAGCAAGGCAGUGUUUCCCUUCUCGGUACAAGGAUUUGAAAGACUACAAAGCCUGGCUUGGAGUCCAUAACAUCAAGGGAAAGGGAGAGGAGAAGCGUAGACAGGUCCGGAAUAUCUCCCAGUUGGUAUAUGGCCCUGCAGGGUCAGAUUUGGUCUUGCUGAAACUUAGCAGACCUGCUAUAUUGACAAAUUUUGUAGAAAUAAUCCGACUGCCCAUUUCUGGAUGUACCAUUCCAGAGAAGACGAGCUGCAGUGUUUAUGGAUGGGGAUACACUGGAUUAGUUAACUAUGAUGGCCUUCUCCAAGUAGCAAACCUGUUUGUUUUGGGAAAUGAGAAAUGCAACCAAUAUCUCAAAGGGAAGAUUACUGUGAAUGAGUCUGAAAUCUGUGCUGUGGCUGAAACCAUAGGUGCUGGGCCUUGUGAGCGAGAUUAUGGUGGUCCUUUGGUCUGUGAACAAAACAGGCUGAAGAUAGUAAUUGGUGUCAUUGUUCCUGGCCGAGGAUGCGCCAUUCGAAAUCGUCCUGGCAUCUUUGUUCGCGUCUCGUAUUACUCCCGGUGGAUACACAAGAUUAUGAUGACCUACAGAAAACCCUGAAAAAGUCAACAACUCCCAUUGAAAGAUUUUGGACAGCAUGUAAUUAAUGUAUAAUGUAAAGAUCAACAAAUUUUUAAGUACUUGAUAGUCAAGUUUGUUGAGCUUCUUUUAAUAUUUAUGGGUGUUUUUGGUGUUUUUGUCUAUCAGUGUUGUUUUAUAAUGUUGGAGUGACUUACAGUAUAUGCAAGUAUGGUGACAUAUCUCCUGAAGAAACUUGAAUGGAUAAACAAUUUUGCUAAGACAUUACUGGACGAUAAAUGGUUUUGUAGAAAUAAAACAAAUGACCUCCUUAAAGCUGCUCUUCAGAUUAUCUUAGAAGGAGAAACAAAUUAUAGUUCUACUUAACACUUAACACAGAUCAUUCUUUCUAUGAGCCAUAUAUUUCUCUUCAUAUAUAACAAAAUCCCUACUGAGAGAUAUAUGCAUCUGUCAAGGACAGAAUUUAUGAUCAUAUUUCUCUUUCCCCCUUCUGAGAGGUCCAAGAUUUCAGUAUUUUAUUAAAAAAUAUUAUCUUUGGUAAGUAAUCUUUUCAUUAUUGAUGGGCUUUGACAAACCUGCUGUAAGCAGAAUUCUCAUAGAAGUCACUACCACGUUGUUUUACACAGUGCUUACAGACUCCAGUUCUGCACUUGGUCCCUUCACUGUAUAUAUCUAACAGAUAUCUCAAACCCCAUUUUGGUUAGCAAACUAUUGAUCAUUUCUUCAAAGUCUGACCCAGAAAUAACUGUGGAUUUGCAAUGCAAAAGACAGCAUAUCAUGCAAUUUGAAAAAGUAAUCCUGAUUAGCUCUUGGAAUACUUUAGGCAUUAAAAGAAAUUUAAAUCAAAUAUGCCAAUUUUUUUCUAAACAGAGAAGUAUUAAAAAGUCAUUUGGUUCUGGUUAUUUCAUGAAAUUCUGCAUUUAUAUCAAGAAAAAGAACAGUUGAAUCUAGCACCUGGCUGAGAGAUUUAAAACUGGAAAAAGUAAGUAAUAUAUUAACAGUUUUUCGAGACUUGAGAAAUUUAAUAAAACCUUAACUAGAUUUGGACAAAAUUCUGUCCUUUGUAUAAUUCCUUUCAGGAUAAUAAAACAAUUGCAGAGAUUGAUAUGAUCUUGCAUUUAAUAUGGACAACAUCACUGAUAGUUUAGUUCCUUGUUUCCUGCCUAUAUAUAGGACAAUCUUUUUCCUUUAUGCUGAUAGGGAAAGGGAACAAAAAAAAAUCACAGAAAAGUUCUUAUUCAUCUGUAGGUAUUUAGUUUUAUAUCUGGAAAUAUUGUACAAAUAUAUUGUUAUAGGUGGCACUGAUUACCCUUUAAUUUCUGGAAAAUUGAUACAACAUAUAUUCAAUUGUUAUUUUUACUACUGUACAUGUAAUUGCAUAAGUAACAGCACUGUUGCUUCACUUGUGACUGUGUAAAUUGUAAAUGUUUGCAGUAGUGUUUGGUCUGUGUAUCAUAUCUAACUGCACAGUCAUGAGGCUGACACCAUGAUGUAGACAUAUAAAAGGACACUUGAUGCAGAAGAUGAAGAGUUGAAUUCUGCCCUGUCAGAAAGCAACCACUUCAGGGGAGGUGUCUUGGGAGAUAGGCCUCGUCUUGACUCACCAAAUUUUCUUCAGCAGUGCACUUUGACUUCAAGGGGACUCAAGCAUGCUUACAUCUGGUGAGCUGGGAUGAGUUUCAGCCCUUGCUUAAACGGUUUGGCUUGCUGAGAUUUGCGUCAAACAUGCAGCAGAUUCUACUAGCACAUAGGAAGAAGUCUUUCAGCUUCUGAAAUUCCUCCUGAUGUAAAUAGUCUUUUUGGACAAGAUGUGACUUCUCUGUACAGCAGAUUCAAGGUUGUGGAUGCUACACAGACAGUCUAUCUCAAUCUAUUCUGGCCACCUCUGAAGGCUUUAUGCUCCCUUUGGCCUCCCUUACUUAACAGGCUUAAAGAGGGCAGGAAUUAGCCUGUUGUAUUUACACUUAAUUAUUGUCAUGUAGAUGAAGAGUGUAUUCAUACUAAGUAUAUACUGACCAUAUCUUAUUAAAGGAUUACAUUUUUUAAAAAGACUUUUAAGAAACUCCAAGUGAGUUUUGUUCUCAGCCACAAGUAGAACGUGGAUAAAAUAUACAAUUCCAUGUUCAUUCUUUGUAUUCUAAAAAUUGUUAUGUGCUCACUGUAUUAUAUUUGCAGGCAUUUUGUUAUGUCUAUCUAAAAAAAUAGAAUCCUAAAAU